UACGUCAUUGUCCUUACUUUGUCUCAUUGGUCGUGUCUGUUCCUUAAGACUUUUCCCGCGCUGCUCUCUGUAAACCAACAUACAGCUGUCAGCUUGUAGAUAGCUAACGUCUCGGCGAUAUUUUAGCACGACGUUGCAUCGGUGCCGGAGCUGUAAGUCAUAAUGCCGUCCUCAGACUACGACCCGGCGUCUCUACCCGACUUAUUACCGCUGUAUUACCGCCGGCUGUUCCCCUUCUCACAGUAUUACCGCUGGCUCAACUAUGGAGGAGUGCAGAAGAACUACUUUCAGAAUCGAGAGUUUUCCUUCACGCUCAAAGACGACAUCUACGUCCGCUACCAGUCGUUCACCACCCAGAAUGAGCUGGAGAAGGAAAUGCAGAAAAUGAACCCUUACAAGAUUGACAUUGGAGCGAUAUACAGUCACAGGCCGAAUCAACACAACACUGUGAAGUCAGGGACCUUCCAGGCUCUGGAGAAGGAGCUGGUGUUUGAUAUUGAUAUGACAGAUUAUGAUGAUGUCCGAAGCUGCUGCAGCGCUGCAGACAUUUGCUGCAAGUGCUGGACUUUGAUGACCAUCGCUAUUCGGAUCCUGGAUCGAGCUCUUCGAGAGGACUUUGGUUUCCAGCACCUACUGUGGGUUUAUUCUGGCAGAAGAGGAGUGCAUUGUUGGGUUUGUGAUGAAGCAGCCAGGAAGCUCUCUGUAGCAGCUCGCUCUGCUGUGGCAGAAUAUCUCAGCCUGGUCAAGGGUGGUGAAGAGACGGUGAAGAAAGUAGUGCUGACGGAUCCAAUUCACCCUUUCAUCAGAGAGUCUUUAGCAGUGGUGGAGCGCUACUUUCCAAAAUAUGCACUACAGGAGCAGGACAUACUCAGCCACAGGGAGUCUGUAGACAAAGUUCUGUCGCUCGUCCCUGAAGAUGUAAGAAAAGAGCUACAGCAGGAUUUCCAAAAUGAGAAGAAGCCAGAGACUCGUUGGAAGCUGCUCAGGGACCAAGCCACUAAGAAGCAGGCUACUGCCAAAAAGGGCCAGUACUUCGAAAAAGAAGUCAUGCUGCAGUAUUGUUACCCGCGGCUCGACGUGAACGUCAGUAAAGGCGUGAACCAUCUGCUGAAGAGUCCUUUCAGCGUCCAUCCCAAAACAGGACGCAUCUCUGUUCCCAUUAACCUCAAAGAAUUGGAUGUGUUUGAUCCUUUUGCUGUACCCACAAUCAGCCUGAUUUGUGAGGAGCUGGAUCGGCCACGGGCGGGCGAAGAUGAAGAGAAAUCAGAAGAAUCUAAGGACAAGGAAAACGAGAAGGAUGCAGCAGAGAGGCGGAAGAUUCGAGAUGUCCUCCCUGCAGAGGAGAUGGGGGUGCUUGCAUUCCUAAGAAGAGGUGGGUUGAACUUGAAUAAAGUAUUGAUUAGGAACAUUCACUGCUGCAUGAGAGUCACUGUGUCUUUUAAGUUGUGUUCCUAAAACUGUUAAUGUCCUGGGUGAAGCUUCAUCCCGCCGUAAGAGGUCUGAGAUUCACACUUAUGCAUCAAAAGAAACAAAUGUGGCAGGAUUUGCUCCAGAGGACUGUAGAUGGUGGGGGGAAUCACAGCGGUCUUGCCUCUUGACACUAAUUUAAGAGUUUCUUCCUGAGAACAAGAAGGUUGUUCGUCCUGUGUAUCAUCCAAAGUGACAGUUUGAUGUGGGCUCUCGGUCCACAACCUAAACAAAAAGAUUAUAAUCUGGUUUGGCCUCUCCCUUGGCAUUCCAAAGAGCCAAGCCGUGUCUACUACAGCACAUUCACUAUGACACGCUGGAAAUCAAGCGAUUCUUCUUAAAUUGAUAUCAUCUUUAACACGCUGCAUGUCCCGACCAGAAGCAGGAUUCCUCUUUUCCCUAAAACACCUGUAAUAUGAUAAGAUAGUAAUUGCUAAAUCAACUGAACCAGUGCAGUUUAUUUUUCAUCUAAACAAACUUUGCCCAUUUUGCACUUGGGAGUGAAAAAUCUUUGCAGUUUUGUGAUUCAGACAUUUCUCCCUAAUGCAGUGUAGUUCAAGAUGGACAUGUUUCGAAGCAGUUCUAAAGUGAACACAACAAUUAAUUACCUGUGUGCUCUGGGAUGCAAUACCCAAUCUGAUAAAAGGAUUUUCCCCAAACUUUGCUUCCAUAUAGUUUAAUUUCUCUGAAACUUUCACUAUGUGGAACCUUUCAUAUCUCCAGUAGACAUUUACAUGUGACACUAACAAUAACCUGUUGUGUUUAGAAUCUAUAAAUAUCAAUAAAAUGAUGUGAAAUUAGGAAAAAGGGAGAAUAAUACUGAGAAUAGUGGAAGAUCACUCGCUCAUAAAGGGAAAAGGGUGAAAACGUCUUGUAGUUUGAACAAUUUAAUCCCACACUGACUAGUGUAGACAAUUAAGAUGCAACAAAAUCAUUACUAUAAGACACUGAGGGGAACAAUUGAUGUAACAUCAUAUCAAAUUUGCAGCAGCUGCAUAUAGUAAUCUAGAACUACUCCAUUCUGAAUUAUUCAGUCACACUGAACAUGUAUGAGUAGGUAUGUGCUGCCCCUUUAAAGUCGUCUUCUAAGAUGAAAACACAAGAUUAGAGUAUAAUAGAGUAUUUUUAAGUCAAAGCAGAUUUCAUAUUUAAGGUAAUAUUAGCUCAAUCUUUCCUAUUUCAUUUUACCAGUAGGGUUAAAAGUGAUGUUUUAUCUUUCUUUAGACUUCCAACUUUCCUUCCAGCUAUUUGAACAAAGAUGUAAAUUCUUAAAUAUGUCUCUGAAUGUCUCAGCUAUUGGAUUCUUUUUCU